UGAAGGUCUGCCAGCUACUUCGUCCACGGCGCACUUUAGGACACUUCCCCUUCCUCCCAAUCUCCCACCCAAGCCUCCCGUGGCUCCUCCAGACACAGAGGACGCUGAACCACCGCGAAAACGACCACGGACCAAAGCGCCCCCUCGACCAACUCCUUCCUCGAUAUUCGCAUCCGUACGCGCACCCGAGUCUCUUCCAACCUCAAUGUCUAGCUCCCAACCCUCCCGCUUCCCCAUCCAACCGCUCCAACGCUUCCAAGGCGCCUCCGCCAGCAUCAAGCGCCCCCGCGAAAUUGCCCACUUCUCCUACGACGAGAACCACGAAUACAAGGAUGACGAAUCAGGUAUCAACUACUACUGUCCGCCACAGAUUGGUGCGGAUUUGAAAGAGGGAUUUGAGACGUUCAGGCACUACGAGGAUCAGGAGGAUGCGCAUCUGGAUUCCUUAUUGAGGGCACUGGUGGAGAAGGAGAGGAGGGAGGGGUGGAGGUGUAAUGCAGAUUUUGUUACCUGGAGGGGGAUGAUGACGAAGAUCAUGACAGCGCCCUUCGACAUGUUCGCCGAAUUCUCCAUGUUCGCAACCCUCCACGACGGCACUAUCUACAUCGAAGAAGACUUCCCUUCGCGGCACGCCGAACGCGCCGCACAAUCCUCUCGCCCAACGCCAUCUCAUCAGAACCCGAACCAGCCAUCGCAGAAGAUGAUGACCUACUGGGGCUACAAAUUCGAAGCGCUGUCCCUCACACCGACCCUACCCUCAGAAACACCGCGCGAGGUGAUCGAAGCCAGGACCCAAAACCCCGUAUCCAACUACGCCCAACACUGCUCUAUAAUCUCCACCUCCUUCGGGCCGCACACGCUCAUCCUGGGCGGCGAAGUCGACGGCCUCUCAUCGCCCAAGCCGCCUCCCUCCGUCCCAGACGUCCCAAUACCAUGGAUUGAGCUCAAAACCACCGAAGAACUGCCUCCGCGCCCUCAUCAAUCCUCCCGCGACAUCCUGAAAUUCGAGCGCAAGCUCCUCAAGUUCUGGGCGCAAUCCUUCCUCCUCGGCGUACCGAAGAUCAUCGUGGGGUUUAGGAGUAAGCAGGGCAUACUCAGAGGCGUGCAGGAGUUUGAGACGGGGAAGAUACCGGGGAUGGUGAGGAGGGGAACGGCGUGUUGGGACGGAAAUGUGUGUAUCAACUUUGCUACCGGGUUUCUGGCGCACCUGAAAGAAAUCAUUAGGGAAGAGGGAGUCUACAAGAUCACAUUGCGGAAGAAGGCAGGGGUUAUUGAGGUUGGGAAAGUGAGAGCGGACGGAACGGGUGAGAUUGUGAGUCGGGAGUUUCUGGAAUGGAGAGAGCAGAUGCUCAGGAAAGAAGCGGAGGAGAACAAGAAAAUGGACGACGAGGGUGUGAGUACCGUGGAUUUUGCGAAUAUCGCGAAGUAGGAGUCAUCCUGAGAGAUUCAAGUCGGAUUGCACUUUUUCAAUCGAGAGAGUCUCGGAAAGGCUGCGCUGUCCGGCGGCAUCUCAGACCAAACCUGCCGGGCUUGAAGACAUAAGAUAUGAUA